UUCCGUCGUUUACCAACGUUACUAUAUUAUUGCUAAGUUACACGGUAAAGCAUUCCUCAGCGGUGUGAGGUAACUUACAGCUGGGCUGAGGAGCCUUCAGGACGGAUACCAUACUCUACCACACCUCUUCAAGUAGCCUCCUCGACUGUUGGAAACUACUUUGGAUGCGGCCAACUUGAAUGUAUUCUUUAACUUUGAACGGAAUGGAUUUUGAAAAGACCUAGCCUGCAUGGUUUGCUGCACAAGAGUUGUUAAAAGCCUGCUGGUGGAGUUUGCCAACUUUUGAGGAGGUCGUGUUAAGUUAAGGGGAACUAACUCAAAGCCAAAAUGGAUCAAGCCAGCGGUGGGGAGGACCCAAAUAAAGCCUCCAAAAAGAAGUCCAACGAGGAUGAGGGUAAAAACAAAAAGCUGAACAUACACAUAAAAACAUUGGCUGACGAUAUGCGUGAUCGUAUAACCAGUUUCAGGAAAACAGGGAUGAAGAAGGAGAAGCCGCUUAUACAACACCCAACAGAUCCCCUCUCUACCCAGGCUGAACUGCCUGUUCCUCAGCCCCUUUUUGAUGACCGCUCCAUGAACCUCUCAGAAAAGGAGAUCAUUGACCUCUUUGAGAAGAUGAUGGAGGACAUGAACCUGAAUGAGGAACGCAAAGCCCCUCUGCGUGGAAAGGACUUAAGCACCAAACGUGAGAUGGUGGUCCAGUACAUCUCAGCCACGGCCAAAUCUAUAACUGGGAGCAAAGUUGCGGGUGGACUAAGAAACAGCAAGCAUGAGUGUACACUUUCAUCCCAGGAAUAUGUCCAUGAGCUGCGUUCAGGCAUCACAGAAGAAAAGCUGCUCAAUUGCCUGGAGUCCCUCAGAGUGUCUCUCACGAGUAACCCUGUCAGUUGGGUCAACAACUUUGGCCAUGAGGGUCUUGGUCUUCUCCUGGAUGCUUUGGAGAAGCUGCUGGACAAGAAACAGCAAGAGAGUAUUGAUAAACGGAACCAGCAUAAACUCAUCCAAUGCCUGAAAGCUUUCAUGAACAAUAAGUAUGGACUGCAAAGGAUCCUGGGAGACGAGCGGAGCCUGUUGUUGUUGGCCCGAGCGAUUGACCCCAAACAGACCAACAUGAUGACAGAGAUUGUCAAAAUUCUCUCUGCGUUCUGUAUUAUUGGAGAAGAAAACAUCCUGGAUAAGAUUCUAGCUGCCAUGACAAUCGCUGCAGAGAGGAACAAUAAAGAGAGAUUUGCUUCAAUUGUGGAGGGACUGGAGAACCACGAAGCCCAGCAGCUCCAGGUUGCUUGCAUGCAGCUGAUCAAUGCCCUGGUCACCUCCCCUGAUGACCUGGACUUCAGGAUACAUCUACGCAAUGAGUUCUUAAGAUGUGGCCUCAAGAAGAUCCUACCAGAGCUAAAAGAGACCGAGGAGCUGGACAUCCAGCUGAAGGUGUUCAACGAGAACAAGGAGGAGGACUCUAUUGAGCUCUCCCAUCGCCUGGAUGACAUCCGAGCUGAGAUGGAUGAUAUGAAUGAGGUUUACCAUCUCUUGUCCAACAUGGUGAAAGACACCGGCUCAGAGACCUUCUUCCUGUCAAUCCUCCAGCACCUAUUGCUUAUCAGGAAUGACUAUUACGUCAGGCCUCAGUAUUACAAGGUGAUAGAAGAAUGCGUGUCUCAGGUGGUCCUGCAUCGUAAUGGGAUGGACCCCGACUUUGGCUACAGUAAAAGACUGGACGUGGACUUCACCCAUCUGAUUGAUCAGUGCGUGGAUAAAGCCAAAGUUGAAGAGAGUGAGCAGAAGGCUUCAGAGUUCUCCAAAAAGUUUGAUGAGGAGUUCAGUGCGCGGCAGGAGGCCCAGGCCGAGUCUCAAAAGAAGGAAGAGAGAAUCAAAGAGCUGGAGGAGAAGAUCCAGGCCCUGGAGUCCCAGAUCGCAGCGGGUCCCGCUGCGCCGGGAGCACCACCUCCACCACCCCUACCAGGGGGUGCAGCAGCUCCACCUCCUCCUCCACCACCUCCUCCCCCACCUCCACCUGGUGGCUGUCCUCCUCCUCCUCCUCCACCUCCUCCUCUCCCUGGCCAUGCUGGCAUUCCGCCACCACCUCCACCUCCUCCGCCCCCAGGUGGAGGACCUCCACCCCCGCCACCACCCCCUGGUUGUGGGCCCCCACCUCCUCCGCCUUUCCCCGGGGGCUUAGGCGGGCCGCCUCCACCUCCCGCAUUACCUGUCAUCAAGCUGCCUUAUGGACUGAAGCCCAAGAAGAUAUACAAGCCAGAAACUGUAAUGAAGAGGGUCAACUGGACCAAGAUAGUGCCUCAGGAAAUGGCAGAGAAUUGCUUCUGGAUCAAAGUCAAAGAAGAGAAGUUUGAGAAUCCUGACCUAUUUGCUCAGCUCUCCCUCUGCUUCUCCUCGCAGAGCAAAGUGAAAAAAGACGUAAGAGAUGAGACUGAUGACCGAAUGCAGCAAUUCAAGAAAAAGGCGAAAGAACUUCGCAUCUUGGAUGCCAAGACAGCGCAGAAUCUUUCAAUUUUCUUGGGCUCGUUCCGCCUGCCUUAUGAAGAGAUUCGGGACAUUGUGCUGGAGGUAGACGAGGAAAGACUGAGCGAAUCACUCAUCCAGAACCUGAUAAAGAACCUGCCGGAGCAGAAAGAGCUGAGUGCGCUAGCGGAACUAAAGGGUGAAUAUGAAGAGCUAGUGGAGUCGGAGCAGUUUGGCAUUGUGAUGAGUUCAGUAAAGCUCCUACGAUCACGUCUCAAUGGCAUUCUGUUCAAGCUGACGUUUGAGGAGCAGGUGAACAACAUCCGGCCAGACAUCAUGAAUGUGACAUUUGCCUGUGAGGAGGUGAAGAAGAGCGAAGGCUUUUGCAAACUCCUGGAGUAUGUGUUGCUAGUUGGCAACUACAUGAAUGCUGGCUCGAGGAACGCCCAGACGUUUGGUUUCAACAUCAGCUUCCUCUGCAAGCUCCGAGACACGAAAUCCAUCGGUCAGAAUACAACUCUUCUUCAUUUCCUGGCUGAGCGGUGUGAAGAGAACCACGAUGUAAUUUUGAGGUUUCCGGAUGAACUCGAGCACGUGGAGAGCGCCAGCAGAGUGUCUGCCGAGAUCUUAAAAGGCAGUUUGACCACCAUGGAACGUCAGAUUCAGAGGCUCGAGAACGACAUCGAGAACUUCCCCAAAACGGAUGACCAGCAAGAUAAGUUUGUGGAAAAGAUGUCGGGCUUCUGCAAGCAUGCCCGGGAGCAGUAUGAGAAGCUGUCCACGAUGCAUAAGAACAUGCAGAAGCUCUAUGAGAACAUAGGCAGCUACUUUGCCUUUGACCCACACUCGGUCAGCGUGGAGGAUUUCUUCGGAGAACUGGCCAACUUCCGCAUCCUCUUCAUGGAAGCAGUGAAGGAGAACCACAAGAAGAGGGAGAUGGAGGAGAAGAUCAAGAGAGCCAAGCUGGCGAAGGAGAAAGCGGAGCGUGAGAAGCUGGAGCGCCAGCAGAAGAAGAAGCAGCUGAUUGACAUGAACAAAGAGGGAGACGAAACUGGCGUCAUGGAUAGCCUAAUGGAAGCUCUACAGUCCGGAGCAGCCUUCCGCGAUCGGCGAAAACGGACGCCGCGCAAUGGUGAUCAAAGUCCUUCCAGUCCAGCCUCUCGGUGGCCGGGUGCUAACUAUGGUAACAGAACCCUAGACAACCGCCGCGCAGUCCUGGAAAGGUCUCGUUCGCGCCACAACGCAAAUCACCAAGCUCGAUGAUCACCCGCGCCUACCACAAGACGCUAGAUAAGUGCCAAAGAGGCCUGCGAGGUGGAGACCUGGAAGACAUCUGAAGGAGGGACAGACCAGCCCUCACUGUGGCGCUAACACACACACAAAAAUACUCACACACACCCACACACACAGCACCACGUAUGGAACGAAAACGCCUAGAGAAGCCACACAGAGCUGAAGAAGCUACAGUACAUCACACACAGACAUUUAAUUCUCAUGCUGUUUGUCGGACGCGUUACAUAUUUAUUCAAUACUCUUUCUCAUCACUCUAAAUGUUCACGUCCUCUCUAGAUUCUCUAUAGAAAAAAACACAAACACAUUUUCAAGGCUUCUGCUGUUUGAAAUGAAAGGUUUUCCUGAUUUGAUUCUUGCAAGUCUAAGCCUUCUACUAAUCAAAAUACUACAGUCCACAUGCAGUUUUGAUUUUGACAUGAAACAGCAUGCAGUUUGUUGAAAAUAGACAGUCUGCCAAGAAGGACUGUACCAUAGUGUAUGCUUAUCAUCCUGACAAACAUACCGCACACAGUACAUUCAACAAAGGGGCAGCGGCCAGCUGUCCUUUAAAUGGAAGAUUCAACAUCAACGUUGGCAAGACUACAACCUGCUGAUGUUUGCCUGAGCAAGUCACCAAACUCUUAACGGGCGAGGGAGUGGUGCUUUUUUUCUGUCAAUCCCUCCUUCAACCAACAUCAAGAGUCCACAUGAAUCAUUUUAAUUUCAUUCCAUAUCCCACAAAGCCACAAGCCCUGUCUGCGCCGAUAUUUCUCAGCAUGUGACUCAUGGAUCCUGAAACUGUAAUCUCCAUUUUGACAAGAUGCAUUUUUAUUUUUAGUUGUGUAAUAUCUAACCGAUGCCUUUGGGGUGCUGAGCUCUGUCCCAGGUCGCCUCUGCUGUUAACGUGAGAGACUGACACAUUUCUAAAUGCUUAUAACUGCCCAGAGGAACCAACAUGACCCGUUGACCUUCCCAUCCCUCACACAGGUCGGCAGUGGGGGAAGGUAUUAGUGUUUUUAAUAUAAUCUAAUUCAAUCUGUUUCUCCUUUUUUUAAAAAAUAUGAAGGCUCUGAAAAGAGGUUCAGAAAUUAUAUCUGUCUGGAGAUCAAUGGUGAAAAUUUCACUCCACUUAGAAUUCUCACAGAUUUUCAAUGGAUUUUUUCACCUGUUUUCAAAAAAUGGAAAAAAAAAGGUCUGUCAGAAAACCAA